AUGAAUCAACAAUCAGCUAAUCCAGCUGCUGCGGUAUCGCAUGUCGCUGCAGUCGCCUUAAAGCUUCCCCCAUACUGGCCGAACGAUCCCGCUGUAUGGUUCGCUCAAGUACAAGCCCAGUUCAUGACGAGGGGAAUUAUUUCAGAGGAGACUCAGUUUGCGUACAUUGUGUCUGCACUUCAACCUGAGAUUGCGCAGGAAGUCAGGGAUAUUUUAAUGAACCCUCCUAAGGACACACCGUACUCGCACCUCAAAGCAGAAUUGAUUCGCAGGACAUCAGUCUCGGAGCAGAAAAGACUCCACCAGCUACUUACCCAAGAGGAACUAGGGGAUCGAAAACCCUCCCAGUUAUUACGUAGAAUGGAACAACUGCUUGGAAGUGAUCAUCUUGAUGAAACAAUCUUCAAACAAUUAUUUUUGCAGCGACUUCCACAUCAUGUCCAGACAAUUCUAGCGUCAAGCCGCGACGACAUGAAGGUGACACAGUUGGCAGACUUGGCUGAUAGAAUCAUUGAUAUUGGUUCAACAAGUACUGUUUCUGCUGUUAGUUCGCCCUCGUCUUCUACUUCUAGUUCAGAGUUGUCACAACUUCAACAGCAAGUAGACAGACUUACAUUUCAAGUGCAGUCAUUGACUACGCAACUUCAACAUGAACGUGGUCGAUCUCCAAAUAGGCGCCCUCAACGUCCAAAUACUCAUUCAAAUAGACAACGUAGCAGGAGUAGCAGUCAAAAGCGUCCUCUCUGUUGGUAUCACUGGAAACAUGGUGCAGAAGCUCGCAAGUGUACACCGCCAUGUAACUUUAAUCACGCUUCUUUGUUUUCGAGUGAUUCUCAACAGCCUUCUUCCAACACCCAUGCUCAGGGAAACGACAGAGCCAGCCGGGAUUAA